AUGCGGCGCUAUCUGCCCCCAGGAGCGCUGGACGCGAGCCAGGGACACAGUCACCUCUCCCGAUGCUCUGUCUGCAGCCCACUGGCCGCCAUUCUGCGGCCACUGCUAAAGCAACUGCUGAAGAAGCGGAUGUCCAAAGGACCAUACAAGAUCCUCCUGACGCCCUCGGAUUUCGUAUUCCCUCAGGUCACGGACAGUCUGCGGGUGGACGAGGGCAUCGAGGCGAUGCUGUGCUGCUGGCUGCAGCAGCUGCGCGAGUUCGGCGGCCCCGAGGUGGCGGAGCGGCCGGACCUGCUGAAGGGCUCGUUCGGCUCGCUGCAGCACCUGGCGAGGCCCGCCACGCUGGCCGGCUCCACGGGGUCGCUGGCGCAGGCGCGCUCCUACCUGCAGGCCGACACGCGCGCGCGCUACAACGGGGACCUGGUGCAGCUGAAGGAGCUGCCCGUGCAGGGGACGUUUGAGCUAAAGAGCAAAGCCAUGGACGUGCUCAUGACGCUGCACGGGCUGCGGCACGAGAACGUGAACCCGCUGCUCGGCUGCCUGGUCGACUCGUCGCGGCCGGCGCUCGUCUUCGAGUGGUGCAGCCGCGGCUCGCUGGAGGACGUACUCGUGCAGGACGAGAUCAAGCUCGACUGGUCCUUCCGCCUCUCCCUACUCACCGACCUCGUCCGGGGCAUGCGCUACCUACACACGACGCCGGUGCGCGUGCACGGCUACCUCACGUCGCGGAACUGCGUCAUCGACGCGCGCUGGGUACUCAAGGUCACCGACUACGGGCUGCCCGCCUUCUACGAGGCGCAGAACAUCCCGCCACCCUGCAAGUCCGCAAGGGACCUGCUGUGGACUGCCCCGGAGCUACUGCGGAACCCGGCGCUCCGCAAGCAGGGCAGCCAGCCGGGGGACGUGUACAGCUUCGGCAUAGUCAUGCAAGAGGUGGUGGUCCGCGGGGAGCCCUUCUGCAUGCUCGCGCUCAGCCCUGAAGAGAUCCUGGAGAAGGUGAAGCGCCCGCCGCCGCUGAUCCGGCCGUCGGUGUCGAAGGGCGCGGCGCCGCCGGAGGCCAUCAACAUCAUGCGGCAGUGCUGGGCCGAGCAGCCCGACAUGCGGCCAGACUUCGGCGCCGUGCACGACCUCUUCAAGAAGCUCAACCACGGCAGGAAGGUGAACUUCGUGGACACGAUGUUCCAAAUGCUGGAGAAGUACAGCAACAACCUGGAGGAGCUGAUCCGCGAACGCACUGAGCAGCUGGACAUGGAGAAGAAGAAGACGGAGCAGCUGCUGAACCGCAUGCUGCCCAGCUCAGUGGCGGACAAGCUGAAGCUGGGCAUGCCGGUGGACCCGGAGGACUUCCGCGAGGUGACGAUAUACUUCUCGGACAUCGUGGGCUUCACCACCAUAUCCGCCUACUCGACACCGUUCCAAGUCGUCGACCUGCUCAAUGACCUCUACACGUGUUUCGACGCUACAAUAAACGCUUACAACGUCUACAAGUCUCAAUAG